UGCAUUGAAGUUGCCAGAGGUGCACUUAUUCCUUUAUUAAUAGCAUCUUGAUAAGAGUUCGACACCGCUGCUGUUUCUGCAACACCCACCCACCCACAGACAAGGAACGAUGGAUAGAGGCAAGCCACAAACUCUCAAGGAACUCAUCCAAAUCCUGCAUGAAAUAUUCGAGAGUAACCACAUCAAUGUGGAGGAGGUGAAGGAGGUCAUGGAAUCAUACAAGAGCAACCGCCAGGAAUGGGAGAAAUUUGCCAAGUUUGACAAACUCAGAUACACAAGGAACUUGGUUGAUGAAGGCAACGGGAAGUUCAACCUAAUCAUCUUGUGCUGGGGAGAAGGCCACGGCAGUAGUAUCCACGACCACUCCAACUCCCACUGCUUCAUGAAGAUGCUUCAAGGCGAGCUCAAGGAGACUCUCUUCGACUGGCCCAAGGAAGAGGCAGGCCAGAUGACCGAGACGUCACACAAGAUCCUGGAGGAAAACAAAGUCGCUUACAUAAAUGACUCCAUUGGACUGCACCGUGUGGAGAAUGUCAGCCACACUGAGGGUUCAGUCAGUUUGCACCUGUACAGCCCCCCCUUCCAGACGUGUCAGGUCUUUGACCAGCGCACCAGCCACAAAAGCACAGCCCAAAUGACCUUCUGGAGCAAAUACGGAGAGAGGACUCCAUUUACUGUAGGAGGAUCAAAGGAGAACAACUAAGAUUUUUUCCAAAGGAGACUCUGGAUCGUGAAGUUUUGCUUUUAGAAAGGUUUAUUUUUUUCUCUUCUUUUUAAUAUUUUUUGUUGUUGUUGUUUUUUGGGAGAGGGAACUGCUGGCGAUGACACAACUCGUUGAAAAAUCCGUGGCUGCAGGCUGGUUCAAAAGGACAGCUGGCUGAUUAGGAUGGCUUUAUAGCUGCUUGGCAAAUAGCGAUGAGCAGCACAGCAUGAAUGGCAUGCUUGUUGAAGGCUAGGGCUGCAGCAUUUUACUGACAAGACUUGUCUUUUCCAGAGUUCCUUCUUAAAUAUGUUCCAUAAAUUGAUAGAUGGCUAUCAAAUUUUCUCUCGCACUUUUUUUUGUCUUACUGUUCAUUGAUGCCACUCAAAAAUGUCUUAGUAUCUGUUUUAUUUGUAGCUCAAUUCAUAUUCUGUAGGAGUCUUAUUCAAUUAGAGUGGCUGUCGCACUGAAAAACGAAUGCUUGAUUUCUGUGAUGCAAAAAAAAAUGUGAUUAUGUGACCACAAUGAACAAUAAACGUGAUUAUGCUUCCACAGAA